AUGCGCUUGCUCAAUGCUUGGACCCUCCGCGUCGAGGAGUUCUUCGACGACAGCACCCUCCCCAGAUAUGCCAUCCUCUCGCAUCGAUGGCAGGACGAAGAGGUCUCCCUGCAGCAGCUGAGAGACGGCCAGGCGGCGCAGCUGCACGGUUACAAGAAGCUGGCAGACAGCUGCUCCCAGGCGCUGCGUGACGGCUUCGACUACGUCUGGAUCGAUACCUGCUGCAUCGACAAGACCAGCAGCGCUGAGCUGUCCGAGGCCCUCAACUCCAUGUUCCAGUGGUACCAGCGUGCGAGCGUGUGCUAUGCCUACCUAUUCGACGUGGAUGAGACAUCCAUCACUAGCAAGGAGUCAUCGACUUUCUACCGCAGCGCCUGGUUUACCCGUGGAUGGACGCUACAGGAGCUUCUGGCCCCGGCCACCGUCGAGUUCUUCAACGGCGCAUGGCAGAGGCUCGGUACCAAGGUCAAGCUCAAGGAUGCGAUAUGCGAGGUGACGGGCAUUCAUCCCGGCGUGCUCACGGGUGAGCUCGACCUGCAGUCCUUCUCCGUUGCCCAGCGCAUGUCCUGGGCUGCCCGUCGCACCACUGCAAAGGUUGAGGAUCGAGCGUACAGUCUGCUGGGAAUCUUCGGCAUCAAUAUGCCCAUGCUCUAUGGCGAAGGCGAGAGGGCCUUCCUGCGUCUCCAGGAGGAGAUCAUGAAGCAGUCGGACGACCACACCCUUUUUGCCUGGAAGAGCUCUGACCAAAAUUUCCGGGGCUUGUUCGCCAAAUCCCCUGCUGCAUUUGCCGAUAGCGGCAAUCUCGUGCAGUCUGCCAGCAAGUGGAACAUGAAGCCUUACUCGCUAACCAACAUGGGCCUUUCGAUCGAGCUCGCCAUGGUCGAGUGGUCUAUGGGUGUGUACCUCGCCGCGCUGGAUUGCCAAACCGAAGGAGUGCAGAACAGCCGUGUCGGCAUCUUCCUCUCUGACCUACCGGAGAAAAACCAGUAUGCCAGGAUAAUGCUCGACGGUGUCGACCUACCUCGCUUCUCCACCAACCGCCAGAGCCAAUACCGUUAUAUCUAUGUAAGACAGAACAUUCGAGGCUCCCUGCAACCAACAGAGCGGGAGUACGGCUUUUGGCUGCGUCGGAUGCCCAAACCGAACUCUUCCCCAGAUGCCACUUUCGACGUCACUGCAUGGAACAAGAGUUGGACAAGACAAAACAUGGUCUUCACCAUUCCGAAGGGAGAGUCCGGGACCGCUGUCGUUAUACGGUACAAGCCCGAGGUGGGCAUCACCCAAAAUGUCAAGCUUGGAUUCGACCCCAAGUUCAAUCCGGUUUGCCAGUUUGGAGGGCAGUACUACUCGCCAAAGAUGUUUGGCUCUCCAGCUCGCGACACUUUCGAUGGUAUCAUGGCGACGGACUGGAUGAAUCCCCGUCUUGAAGGGGUGCAUGUGGGCGACAAGGAGGCCGGCUUGAAUAUCGACGACUACAUUCGCAUCCUCAUCCUCAAAGAGACCGUCAAGGGCAAGGAAAUGUGGGUGGUCUACAUCGCCCACUAUGACGAGGAAGCUGUUUGGUACCGUGAUCGAGUGUGUGAUGGCUGCCAUCUGACGAUAUUCGGCAAACUAUACAGGUGCAGCGAGUGUUCGGGGUUCGACUAUUGUGAGGACUGCUAUGCCAAGGCAGACAAGACUCACCCCCAGCACAGGUUCAAAAAGGAUAAGCCUGUAUGCCAUUCUGGCGUCAAGUGCGACAGCUGCUCAUCGAAGGUAUAUGGGAGCCGCUACAAGUGCUCUCGCUGCCCGGACUUUGACCUUUGCUGCUAUUGCUUUGCGGAUGCUAUGAAGAUUCACCCGCAGCAUCAGUUCAAGGAGAUCAAGAAGCCAUAG